GAAACGGCUGACGAAAAGCAAUAAACGACACACGAUUUUUUAAUUAAAUUAACAAACAGUUUUCGUUUGAUUCAUUUAAAUUUAAAUAAUAAAGAAAUCUCUCGUGAUACAAGUAACAAAAUAAAAAAAUUUUAGCAACAAUUCUAAAGACAGUCGUUUUUGGUUGUGUUGCCAAUUGUAAAUAAACCGUUUUUUCAAUUAGUUGUUGUUGUUCCAAAUAACUGUCAAAUUUAUUUAUUAUUUGUUGUUGUCUAUUUUGUAAACAAUUGUAUGUAUACAAACUGUACGUUUUGUGUUAUUUACCGAAAAAAACUGUAAAUCGUAAAAAAUUCUAUGAAAAUUUAGUAAAACAAUUAAAAUAUCCUAGUUAUUUAUAAGUUUUCGCACAAAAUGAUUACCCAAGAUCCACUAGAAGAAUAUCAACAGCAGUGUCGUACUUGUUAUAAUUCAAAAAAUAAUUUACAAUUACUAAAAUCACUCCCUGAAUCCUGGACAAACCAAAAUGAACCAAAAACAUAUGCCGAAUUAUUAACAGAAGUUUGUCAAAUAGAUUUUACGGAAGCAGUUACUCAAUCAGACCUUUGGCCACAAUUUAUUUGCUUAAUGUGCUGUGAAAAACUUAAAUCUGCCUAUGAUUUUAUACAACAAACACAUAAGAUUAAUAAAUAUUUAAAAACACUUUCCGGUCAAUUACAAACAAAAAAUGAGCACUUCAUAGAAAUACCCGAAUUGGAUAUUCCUUUGGAUAUUAAAAUGGAAAAAGACAAUGAUGUGGAGUUAGCUGUAAAUGUGGGGGUAUUUCAGUAUAAUUCAUUGGAAAGGAAAGAAGAUGCUGUAAAAACCGAUAUUGCAGCAUCUGUAGAUAGUCUCUUGGAAAAGGUAGAAGCUAUUAAGUCCGAUAAAGUUGAUACCAUAGACAAUGACUUUGAUGAUCGUCCAAACAAUAAAAAUGAAAAUUCUAGAGUUAAGAAUGAAAGUAAGACAACACAAAGCCUAGAAGUUAAUAAUAACAACGAAUUUCAAUGUGAUAAAUGCAAAAUAAUAUUACCAAAUGCCUUGAAAUUAAAACGUCAUGUAUACCAACGACAUUGUCCUCAUUGUGAUAUGUUUUUUAAAAAAUCCUCUAAAUUAAAAUACCACAUACUGACUAGACAUACAGCAGAGAAUAAUGCGAAUAUUAUAAUAGAAAAGAAAUUUUGCUGUAAAAAAUGUUUGAGUAAAUUUAAAACUUCUCAGCAAUUACGUAAUCACAAUUAUCGUAUGCACAUGCCAUCAGAAUGUAUAUUUCUGUGUUCGCAAUGUGGUCAAACGUUUGAAGAGUCCGACGAAUUCAAGAAGCAUAUGCUAGACGAACAUGAUAAAAAUGUGAUGGUACAGCAAAGUUUUAAACUGUCCUGUAAUAAAUGUAAUUUUAAGGCCUUAGGUCGAUAUCAUUUAAAUAAGCAUAAUCAUAAAAUGCAUAGAGAUUCAUACAGUAAUUUUGAUGACAUGGAAUAUAUAAGUGAAACUACAGUACAAAGUAUGGAUUACAUAAACAAAAACCUCUUAAAAUCUCCUACAAAUGAACCCUCCCACCAAACGUUAACCUGCUCUGAAUGCCAUAAAAUAUUUGCUACCGUAAAGAAAUUAAAUCACCAUAAACGUUUCAAUCAUGUUCCCGAGGAUAAAAAGCUCCCUUGCCAUAUUUGUAAUAUGAAAUUCUCCCGAACCUAUCACUUAAAAAGACACCUACAAAAUGUACAUGCUCCUAGUACUAAAGGUGAACUUGUUAAAAAAGAUCAAAAUCCUAAAACAAUUAUGGACAUUAAUACAGCUAUGCACUGUAAUCAGUGUGGGAAAAUAUUUUAUAAUUCACAAAAAUUCUCGCGACAUCAACGUCAUGCUCAUGUACCGGACGAGAAGAAGUUCGUUUGUCAUAUGUGUGGACAAAAAUUUGGACGAUCUGAUCAUUUUCGUAGGCAUAUGCGUAAUUUACAUCAAACGGAUUUUCUAACAACAACAAAAAAUAAACAAACAAAAGUAUAUGUAAACAAAAAUUUCCACAGGAAAAUAAAUAUUUGUUUAGUUUUUGUAUUAUUAAAAAUUAAAAAAAUAAUGGAUUUUAUAGAAAAAUUAAAUAAAGAACAAUGUCGAGCGUGUUAUAAUUCCACCAAAGGUUUACGGCUACUAACAAAUCUAACUAAAUGUUCGGGCGAGGAUCAACAGCAAAAAUCCUAUGCUGAACUAUUAAAGGAAGUGGCCAAUAUAAAUAUAAUGGAGGAUUUGUAUAGAGAGCAAAUGCCGCAUUCAAUAUGUGAAAUUUGUAUACGCAGACUAAAAACUGCCCAUACUUUUAUACAACAAACCCAGGAAGUUAAUGAACGUUUGCUAGCCAUUGCCGAGCAAUUGGAAACGGAUAAACAGCUUAAGUGUUUGCAAGAGCCACCGGUAGAUAUAGUAGUUACGGAUAAUAUUAAAGCAGAAAAAGAAGAGGAUAUAGACUAUUUGGGACAAUUCGAACCGGAGUGCUUUGUUGAAUUAAAGGUAGAGGAACCGGAUCAUAAAAUGGCCAUAGAUAACAGCAAUGAAGAUGUUUUAAGCUUAAAAAAGGACGAGGAAACUUUAAAAGAAGAUGUAACUUUAAGGGAUGACAAAAGCCCACUUUCAACAGAAUCUGAUAAUGAAAAUGUUAAAAGAAAUGAUCAGGUUGGAACCAAAAAAGUUACUAAAGAUAGUAGUGACUUUUCAAAUGAUGAUAAAAGUGUUAACAAUUCAGAUUCAGAUUGGAAAGAUGAUAAAGUUAAUGUUGAGAAUACAAAAGUUAAAAAGAAAACUCGAACGAAAUGUAAAAAAACCUCCUAUAAUCCUGAUGAUGAUAUUGCUGUACCCUGUGAAGAAUGUAAUAAAAUAUUUAACAAUUCCAAAGCUUUGGCUCGACACAAACGCAAUACACACAUACCAGAAGAACAAAAAUGCACCUGUCCCCUGUGUGGCCGUAGAUUUUCACGUUCUUGUAAUAUGUAUAAACAUAUGCGUACAUUUCAUGGUCCCGAUUCAGUUCCUCUAAUACGUAAACCUUCCACCAAGGCACGACAAUUUCAGUGUGAUAAAUGUGAAAGAAAUUACACUAAAAAAAGUCAUUUGAAUUUACAUAUAAAAGAAAAACAUAACAAUAACGAAGAGGGAUCAGAAAAACAACCGUCAAACGGUGAGGAAACUGCUCAAGCUGCUGAAGAAGAUUCUGUUAAAAAGGAUAAACCUAAAAAGAGAUAUGAAGUACGUUCCUUAUGUUCCAUAUGCGGUUCUUCAUUUGCCAGUCGUACUCAUUUGGUGGUACAUAUGCGACGUCACACAGGUGAGCGUCCCUUUAAAUGUGAUCUCUGUGAUCGAGCCUAUCCACGUCCGUCAGAACUCGUUUGCCAUAGGCGUAUACAUACCGGUGAAAAACCGUUUAAAUGUAAGAUUUGUGAUAAGGCUUUUCGUGUCUGGAGUAAAAUGAGCAAUCAUAUGCGUUCUCAUACCGAUAUACGACCCUAUAAGUGUACACAAUGUGAGCGAAGUUUUAAAUAUUCCAAAGAUUUAAAUAUUCACUUUCGUAUACAUACGGGAGAGCGUCCCUAUAAGUGCAAUGUUUGUGGCAGUACAUUUACUCAAAGUAAUACCCUUAAGGCUCAUCGUUCAAAACUGGGCCAUAUGGAUGAGGUGGUGGUUAAUAAGGAGCCACUAGUUUCAAACAAAAUGAAUACCAGCGAAAAAUUACAAAAGCAACAAUGUCGUACUUGUUACAAUGCCACCAAAGGCUUAAAACCUUUAACAGAUCUGACCAAAUGUGGUGGUGGUAGCCAACAAAUAUCCUAUGCCGAACUGCUGGCUGAUAUUUCCAAUAUAAAUAUAAUGGAGGAUUUUUACAAUGAAUUGCCACAAUUUAUAUGCGAAGCCUGCCAACGCAAAUUGAAAGCUGCUCAGGCAUUUAUACAACAAACUCAUGAGGUUAAUGAACGUUUAAUAGCAAUGCUGAGUAAUCAAAAAGAUACUUCCGCUACGGAAUUUACGUAUUUAGAAGAGGCUCCGGUGCAAGUUAAAAUGGAAUUUGAGGAUAGUUUGCCUGAACCUGAAGCUGAGCAACAAUGGCAUGAUGAACUGAAAGAUGAUGAAGAAAGUGCAGCUGGUUUAGAAAGCGCUGUGAUAGAGGGCAAUGAUGGCGUGGACUUAAACAAAGAUUUACUUUAUCAAAAAAGUAAAAGCAACAAAGAAGAUUGUAGAGAAAAGCAAUCAAAUAAUAUGGAAACACAAAUAGAAGAAAUAGAGAAAAAUAAAGAAGAACCUCCUCUUGAAACAAACACAAGUGACGAGGAUAAUGUGGCUGUUGCCUGUAAAAAAUGUGAUAAAGUAUUUAUUAAUUCCAAAGCCUUAACAAGGCAUUUACGCAUCACCCACAUACCAGAUGAUCAAAAAUGUUCAUGUCCAAUAUGUUUUAGUAAAUUCACAAGAGCCUGCAGUAUGUAUACACAUAUGCGUACAUUUCAUGGUUCCAAUACUGUGCCUCUCGUACGGAAACCCUUAACACAGGAUAGGGUGUUUCAGUGUGAAAAAUGUCCAAAAAAUUAUACAAAAAAGAAAUAUCUUGAUGUUCAUGUCAAAACCAAACACACCCAAGCAAUAGAGGAGAAAGAGGAAAGCAUGGAAAUAAUGCCAAAAAUAAAUCAUAAACCUUUGUGUUCCAUUUGUGGCAGUUCAUUUCCCAAUAAAACUCAUCUAAUGGUACACAUGCGUCGUCAUACGGGUGAGCGUCCAUUUAAGUGUGAUCUCUGUGAACGUGCCUUUCCCCGUCUAGUAGAGUUGACCUAUCAUCGACGUAUUCACACGGGUGAAAAACCAUUUGAGUGUAAAAUUUGUGGUAAAACUUUUCGUGUUUCUAGCAAAAUGACCACUCAUAUGCGUUCACAUACGGAUAUACGACCCUAUAAAUGUACACAAUGUGAACGCAGUUUUAAAUAUUCCAAAGAUUUAAAUAUACACUUUCGUAUACAUACUGGUGAACGACCCUAUAGUUGCAAUGUUUGUGGCCACACUUUCACCCAAAGUAAUAGCCUUAAGGCUCAUCGUAUUAAAUUGGGUCAUUUGGAAAGUGUUUCGACAUCUACAGAUAUUGCUUCCAUAAGAGCAAUAGCUGGUCAACGUGGCCUUAAGAAGGGCCUAUCCGAUAUAAUGACACCCAAACUUUUGGUAGAAUUCAAUGUUGAUGGCAGUCAUAAUAAACAACGUCUUUUGAAUUAUACCAAAUUUGUUAAUGUUUUAUUUCAUGGAACUUAUGAUGAAAAUUGCACCGAAAAAUCAUUUAAAUGUCAUUUAAGGGAUGCUUUAAAAUUGGUUAAAAAUCGUUAUUUCAAAGAGAAAUGUAUAUCUAAGGAUAAGAGUGAUAAUGUAGCCAAGGAAAUAGCAGCUUCUAAAUUGAGUGAUACUCAAGAUAUUAACAUGCAGAAAUUGGACAAACAACAAUGUCGUGCGUGUUACAAUGCCAAUAAAGGUCUUAAGCUCCUAACCAAAUGUAUUGGUGGUCUGCAAAAGAAAUCCUAUGGAGAACUCUUAAGGGAGGUAUCCAAUAUAAAUAUAAUGGAUGAAGCUUAUAAGGAAUUGCCACAAUUUAUAUGUGACAGCUGUUCACGCAAACUAAAAGCCUCACAUGCAUUCAUACAACAAACCCAUGAAGUGAAUGAACGUUUAAUGGCUAUGUUAAUGGGAAGAGAGGAAACAAAUAAUCAUUUGGAUUGUCUGCAGGAGGCUCAGGUGGAUAUACAAUCUUGUUUGGAAAUAAAAAUGGAACAUGAUGAGGCUGGAGCUGAGCCAACAGCUGGCGAACCUUGUUCUAUUGCAUUAAAGUUAGAGGAGCCGGAAGAUUUUUCACAGAUUAAUCAUCAUAAUGUUAAGGAAUUGGGUGAAAAAAAGGACAAUGAAGAUGAAAAUAAUUCGUUGGAAUUGAUAACUUUAAAAGAAACAAAUGAAGCAAAAACUGACAUUAAUGCUUCAGAACAUCAAGCUAAUGAAGAUAUAUUAAAUGUAGAUACAAGGGCUGAUAAUAAAACAAAACCUUUAACAGAUUCAUUUCUUGUCGAUGAAGAGAAUCUUGAUGAUGAUGGCGCCUGCAAUAAAAACAGUGACUCUGAAGACGAAGAUUAUCGAGACGACCUAACAGAUGAUAUGGAUUGGCAAAAAGUGCAAAAAUCCAACAGCUCAAAUAGUAAAAAAGAUGAUAAAAAGAAAAUUACAAAAAAAUUACGAAAAUCUGAAGAAACUAACGAAGAUGAUGAUGUGGCUGUACCCUGUAAUCAGUGUAAUAAAAUAUUUAGUAAUUCCAAAGCUCUAGCACGACAUCAACGCACUAGUCACAUACCAGAAGAACAAAAAUGUACUUGUCCAUUGUGUUUUCGAAAAUUUUCCCGUUCCUGCAAUAUGUAUACACACAUGCGUACCUUUCACGGUCCCGAUACAGUGCCGCUCAUACGUAAACCCUCGACACAAGAGAGAAUCUUUCAGUGUGACAAAUGUCCUAGGAAUUAUACGAAAAAGAAACAUCUUAAUAUACAUAUAAAAAAUAAACACAGUCAAGAGAAUGAGAUGACGGAAACAAAUGCAGAAAAGUCAACAGAAGAGCUAAAGGAGAGUGUCGAAGAAUCGCCUGCCAAACCAAAUAAACCGAAAAGAUAUGAGGUACGUUCUUUGUGCUCCAUUUGUGGCAGCUCAUUUUCCAGUAAAACUCAUCUCAUAGUACAUAUGCGACGUCAUACAGGCGAACGACCCUUUAAGUGUGAUCUCUGCGAACGUGCCUAUCCUCGCAUCUCGGAAUUAACCUGCCAUCGACGCAUACAUACGGGUGAAAAACCAUUUGCCUGUAAGAUAUGCGGUAAAACUUUUCGUGUUUCCAGUAAAAUGACCACACACAUGCGUUCACAUACCGAUAUACGACCCUAUAAGUGUACACAAUGUGAACGUAGCUUUAAAUAUUCCAAAGAUUUAAGUAUACAUUUUCGUAUACACACGGGUGAGAGGCCAUAUUGUUGUAAUGUUUGCGGCAGUACGUUUACGCAAAGUAAUACACUAAAAGCUCAUCGUGUAAAGUUGGGUCAUAUGGAUAGUGUUGUGGAAAUGAAUACAAAUAAUUUAGUUUAGUUUUUUAAGUUACUUACAUUUACAUUUGUUUAAUUUAUUAAAAUAAGAGAAAGAAAUUUAAAACUAGUAAGUAUGUACAUAUAAACUAAAUUUAAUCUUUAACUAAAUAAUAUUCUUUAGAAAUCAACUUUUGCAAAACUUAUUUCUAUAGUAAAGUUCUUGUUUGAAUCUUUUUUGUAACUUAUUUUAGAAAACUUUUUUUCAUUACUAUAAUGAAAGCUUUUCGUUAACUAAAAGCAUAAUUCACUUCAUAAAACUUUUUUGUCAUUAUAACAAAGAAAAUAUUUCAUUAAAAGUUUCAAAAUUUUAACA